GAAGAAGACCUCAUGCUGCUGUGAAAAACCACCAUGCCAAGGCAAUACACCAGGAAGACAACCUGGGGUAAAACACCCCUUGAGGAGAUGGAGAGUGCAGCCGCUGAGGUCAAAGAAGGAAAGAAGUCUCUAAGAGCAGCUGCAAGGGAUAGAAAUAUUGAUAAGUCAAGCCUCCUAAGAUUUAUUAAGAAAAAAGAGAAAGGGGAAGUAAAAUCAGUAGCCUGGGGUGCAGUAGCUGAGGCAAAGAGAAUAUUCACAGAUGAGAUGGAGGAGGAGCUUGCCAAACACUUGAAACAACUCGCUGAACAGUUCCAUGGCCUUCCUCCAAUUAAGUGCCGUCAACUGGCAUUUGAAUACGCAGAGAAAAAUUAUAUACCUGUCCCUGCCAAUUGGACAAAGACACAAUGUGCAGAUUGAUAUUUGCAAUGAUGGAUCCAGCCAAUUUCACAGAGAGUCCACUCCAUCGCAACUCAACCGAGGAACACUACUAUAACGAUGAUGAGCAAACGGAGCUCAAGAAAUCUCUGAACAUAAUGUCACUUAUAGUCUACAGUCUGGCUUUUGUACUUGGAGUCGUAGGCAAUGGCAUUGUGAUUUGGGUAACUGGCUUUAAAAUGAAGAGAACAGUCAACACUGUCUGGUUUCUUAACCUGUCUGUAGCAGACUUCCUAUUCACAGCCUUUCUCCCUCUCAGCGUGGUUUAUACAGCAAUGGACUUCCACUGGCCUUUCGGCCAGUUCAUGUGUAAAUUCAACAGCACCCUUGCUUUUCUCAACAUGUUUGCGAGCGUUUACCUCCUGGUUGUCAUCAGCAUUGACCGCUGUGUGUCUGUGGUGUGGCCAAUCUGGGCACAAAACCAUCGGAAUGUGAGUCGUGCUUCGGUUGUGAGCUUCGCCGUUUGGCUGUUUGCGCUAGCGUUGAGCUCACCCUACUUUGUCUUCAAGGAUACUGCACCUUCCCACACCGAUAAAAACACAAUCAACUGCUUCAGUAACUUUGCACUCUCUGAUGAUUAUAAAACACCAGAAGUGGUGGCGCUUCGUAUUUUACGGCAUCGUGCCAUGAUCAUCACACGUUUCUUGUUAGGCUUUGUGGUGCCCUUUGCAAUCAUUGUAUCCUGUUAUGCUGUUAUAAUCUGUCGUCUACAAAAGAAACGAUCAAUGUCUGGCCGGACGGGACGUCCCUUUAAGAUCAUUGCUGCUGUGAUCACCGUCUUUUUCUCGUGUUGGGCUCCGUACCAUAUUCUGGUCCUCAUUGAGAUGGUAAACCAUACAGAAACCCCCCUUCAGUACAUCAACACUCUUGGAAUUCCCAUUGCAACCAGUUUGGCAUUCCUAAAUAGCUGCUUGAACCCAUUGUUGUAUGUUUUCAUGGGACAAGACUUUAAAGACAAGAUGCGCAAAUCAAUACUGAAGGUCUUGGAAACGGCUUUCACAGAGGAGGUUUCACGCACAAACACCCACACAAAUUCAAUGCAAACCAUUCGGAACAAAGAGCAAGGGAGUAAGUCCUUCUCGGAUGCAGAGUAUAGCUAACAGGCACGAGGCAUUGAUGUAUCAAAGAGGACUUUGCAGAUACUCAUAAUUACUGUCAGCAUAUUUGAAACUGAGAAGCUUUAGCUGGAAAAACUGGACAAAAAUAAUUACAGUUAGUUUGAAGCUUUGCAACACUGCCUUGUGAUAAUGGAAAAAGUAUACAUUUUCAUUAUUAAUAUACCUGUAAAGUAUUGCAAAUUAUAUUUUCAUAUUGUAUACUUUAAAAAUAAGUAAAAUGAACUACUUCAUGUUAUGCACAUGCAAUAAUAAACUUUAAGCCCCAUUAUAGUAUUCAAUGAGAUGUAGAUCUUUCUAUAUCAAUCUUUGAAAAAAAAUCUCAUCAAUAUUAUUACACAGGACAUUUUGGAGUCUUCAAUAUGGUUUGUACUUUAAAGUUUCAAUAAAUCUUAAGGUAUUCAUAAAGGUAAAGAGUAAUUCUGUCAUAUGCACCUUAAGAUGUUACAAACUUUAAGAAAUCACUUAAGCCUGAAAUUAUGUU